AAACAAACAUAAAAACAUGCGUGGCAGAAGAACAAGGACAAUAAUAAAAACGCACGUUCAGUUUCGCAACUCGGCGUAGACUCAGUUGACUCGUCUGCAAAAAGUACACAAUUUUCUUGCAAUCCAUCAUCGAACAUCACGAACUCAACUUCCUCAAUCCAACAACCUAAGAUUCUUUGCUUUCGGUUGGGGUUUUUCUGACUCGGUGGCUGGACUCACUGGAUGCGUUCUGACUCGGCGCGGCGUAGAUGGCGUCGUCGGAAGAGAAGCGAAUCGAGGACGAGUUAUCGUACCCGAUUCUGGUGGCGGAGCGAGUUCGCUCGGCGGUUGAGGUGGCCGAGUCUUUCAAAUUCGAGUGCUCCGAAGUGUGGAAGCAGGUCGAUCGACUCCUCCAAAUGAUCCGAACCCUCGUGCGCUUCGCCGCCACCGCCUCGCCGGCGCAAACCCUCUACGAACGCCCCAUCCGGCGCGUCGCCUCCGAGACAGCUAAGAAUCUCGAGCGCGCCCUCACCGUCGUCCGCAAGUGCAAGCGCCGGAGCAUACUCCGCCGUGUCUUCACCAUCGUCAGCGCCGCCGAUUUCCGCAAGGUCUUCAAUUACCUCGACGCCUCCGUUGGCGACAUGAAGUGGCUCCUCAGCAUCUUCGACGCCGAUGGCGGGAUUGUUCUUUCCCUCCCUCCGAUUGCCAGCAACGACCCUAUUCUCUCUUGGGUAUGGUCUUUUAUUGCUUCCAUUCAAAUGGGUCAAUUGAAUGAUAGAAUUGAAGCUGCAAAUGAACUUGCUUCUUUAGCACAAGAUAAUGAUAGGAAUAAGAAGAUCAUUGUUGAGGAAGGUGGGGUGCCUCCAUUGUUGAAGCUUUUCAAGGAAGGCACCUCACCUGUUGGUCAGAUUGCAGCUGCUAGUGCUUUGUGUCAUUUAGCAAAUGAUUUAGAGAGAGUUAGGGUGAUUGUGAAUGAGCUUGGGGUUCCUCUUGUUGUGCAAGUGCUUGGUGACUCCCCCAUGAGGGUUCAGACCCUGGCUGCUAAUUUGGUGGCCAGGAUGGCUAAACAUGACCCUGUCGCACAGGAAGAUUUCGCUAGGGAGAACGCGAUCAGGCCACUUGUAACACUCUUGUCAUUUGAUACUUUUGUGGAUGAAUUGGGUAAGCAGAGUAUUCAUUCCAUUGUUCAGAUUAAUAAGGAAUUGGGGAAGAGGUCAUCAGGUAGAUCAAGUAAUCGUUCCUUAGCGGAUUCGUACUCCAAUUUGUAUUUCAGUAUGGAGGGAAGUAGCCGGGGAGGGAACCAUAGGAAAGAGAGGGAGAAUGAGGAUCCUGCAGUGAAGCUUCAGCUGAAGAUUAGUUGUGCUGAGGCUUUGUGGAUGCUUGCCAGAGGAAGUGUGUCCAACAGUAGGAAGAUAACUGAGACCAAAGGGAUGCUUUGUUUGGCUAAGAUUGUUGAGAAGGAACAAGGAGAGCUGCAGUGCAAUUGCUUGAUGACGAUAAUGGAGAUAACAGCUGCAGCAGAAUCCAAUGCUGACCUUCGCCGCGCAGCAUUUAAGACUAACUCUCCUGCUGCUAAAGCUGUUGUGGAACAGCUCUUGAGGAUAAUUAAAGAGGUGGACAGCCCGGCUUUGCAAAUUCCAGCAAUUAAGUCCAUUGGUUCAUUAGCUAGGACAUUUCCUGCUAGAGAGACGAGAGUAAUCGAACCUCUAGUAACACAGCUGAGUAAUAGAAACAUGGAUGUAGCAGAAGAAGCAACCAGUGCUCUUUGCAAGUUUGCUUCUCCAGAUAAUUUCCUGUAUGCAGAGCAUUCUAAGGCAAUAAUUGAAUUCAAUGGAGUCCCCGCACUGAUGAGACUGCUAAGGAGUAAUGAAGUUACCCUGUCGCUUCAUGGGAUAACUCUCCUUUGCUACCUUGCAUUGCAUGCUGGCAAUAGUGAGUCCUUGGAACAAGCAAGGGUGUUGACGGCUCUAGAGGGUGCAGAUAGAACAGUUCUUCCUCAGCAUAUAAGAGAAUUGGUGUCCAGGGCUAUAGUCCACCUCAAUUUGUAUCAUGCAGGAAUGAAUUCUCAAAGGAUGUCAUAUUUUCCUUGACCACAAAUUCAGCUAGCUUGUGUACCCAGUGUUUUUAUGGGUUCAUCGGUAUACUGCUGAGUUAGUUGCAUCUGGCAGAACCUUUGGGGAAUACGGGGGUUGGUUAUACAUAGGAACAAAGUAUACUUCAAGUAAAUACAUUAGUUUUUCAACUAAGACUGUCUCUUCUCUUUUAUUUUUUACUUCAUGAAAAGUAGCCACUGGGGUGGCGGUUUGCAGAGAUUAAUUCAUAUUGGAUAAUCAACUCUUCUUAGUCAUUUGAAUUUGUUGUUUGUGUACUUAUUUUGUUCAUCAAAUAUGUUCUCCUCAUCAAAUAUGUUCUCUACAUUGCCUUUUGAUAAUGCAAAUUCUUAUAGUAGGAUAGAAUUGGUUGAGGUUUGAUUGCUUCAUAGAAUGUCCAGUGGUUCCGCUGUUGGAAGUCUCUUUACCAGUUCGAGGUUUGUGAUAUUUUGUUAACUGAAAUGUGCUUUGUUCAUCACUUCCAAUUUUAUGUUAACAGAAAGAACUUAUUUUUUGUGAUAGCUUGUUUGACCAAUGAAGAUGAUAAUGGGGUAAGCAUCGUUAUUAUGCUUCUUAUAAUCGAUAACAGGAAUCAAUCAUUGCCCUUUAUGUCCAUUUGUUGUAUGGUGCUGUAUCUCAUCAUGUGAUUUAUGCAGAGUGAACUUAACUUGGGAAAGGCCAGAUAUGACGGAGUUAAUUUGCAGC